AGAGAUAGGCGGUAGCGAAAAUCCCUUGCAACAGUCGAAAACUAAGAGAGAAAGAAAGUGAAAGACUAUAUGGCUCUGUGGCGGAGUCGCGCUGCUGCAUGGAGGCUCCUCCGCCCAUUCAUCUGCCCCUCCCCCAUUGCUAACACUGCGCAUCGCAGCUUCCCCUCUGCCGUUGCUCCUGACAUGAAUAAUCAGUCGUUAAUUGAGAACAUGAAAAGGGAGUUGCUUCAUCUUGACAUCAAUUCACAAAUUGGAAGUUGCAUGCCGCUUGGUGCCAUGCGAAUUGGAACUAUCAUCCACAACAUUGAGAUGAACCCGGACAAGGUGGGAAGCUGGUUCGAGCUGCAGGGACUUCUGCUAAGAUCCUGAAAGAGCCCACUGCAACCUACCGUAUAAUAAGACUGCCCUCCGGUGCUGAAAAGAGGGUUGACUCCAAAUGCAGGGCCACUGUUGGUGUGGUAUCAAAUCCAAGCCAUGGCACUCUGAAACUCAGGAAGGCUGGACAGAGUCGGUGGUUGAGUCGCAGGCCGGUUGUUCGGGGAGUGGCAAUGAAUCCCAUUGAUCAUCCUCAUGGUGGAGGUGAGGGUCGAAGCAAAAGUAGUGGGAGCUUUGGUAGGGUUUCACAACUCCUUGGGGCAAGCCGACCAAGUGUGGUUACAAAACUGCGUCUCCCAAGCGUAGAAAGUAGUCUUUUUCAUCAUCUUUCUGUAUUGUGAUUCUUUUGCUGCACCAGUGAUAAUUUAACAAACAAUUCAUGAAUACAAAUGCACUUAGAUUCAAAAUUACUGAAAACUUAAAAAGAAAGGAAAAGAAAAGACAGGACUUACCUUCAGGUUGUAUGUAUGGUAUGUAGUAUGCAGAGGGUGCGGGUUAAUGAACUGAGUUUUCGAGCAGAGAACAAAGAUGAUACAAACAGAGAGGGGACUUGGUGGUUUUAUAGCCUUCAUACUGAGAAAAUUAUUUGGAUUGCACAGACCAUGAGUGGACCCUACGGUAGAUGAUCAACUAAUGUAAUAAUAUAGAACACGGUUCUGC